UUUUGCAUAGUAGACUAGUUUAACCUACUUCACAAACUUAGAACAAAAAGUUCUAGUAUUCUUGCAUCACAACUUCAUUUCUCCUGCAUAAACCUUAGUCAUACAUUAGUAAUACCUCAUUUUUGCAUCCAACCAAAAUGAUUGCCCCAUACCCCGUGAAAAUUAUAGUCAUAGGAGCCGGUUUAAUCGGACCACGUCAUGCCCAACAUGUACACGAUAAUCCACUCACUGAGCUUAUGGCAAUCAUAGAUCCGCAACCAAGCACAACUGAGAUCGCUGACAGACUCAAUACAUUGCAUUUCCCCUCCAUUACCACAUUUAUUGAAUACUGUAAUACAAGAAAAUUACCAUAUCCUGACGGUGCAAUUGUGUGUACACCCAAUCACACCCAUGUUAAAGUCUCAGCUGAAUUGGCAAGUUAUGGGAUAAAUUUGCUUGUGGAGAAGCCUAUUGGAUCUACCCCACAAGAAGCAAAACUGUUGAAAAUGUACACUAGCAUGAAAGAUGUUAAGGUAUUGGUGGGUCAUCACAGAAGGUUCAAUCCUUAUAUUAUGGAAGCUAAACGGAAUUUACAUAAAUGUGGAGAUAUUGUUGGUGUUCAAGGAAGCUGGAUGUUAUGUAAGCCCCAAGACUAUUUUGAGAUUGCCCCAUGGAGAACACAGAGUUCAGCAGGGGGUGUGUUAUUAAUUAACUUGGUUCAUGAUUUGGAUUUAUUACAGUUUUUGUUUGGACCAAUACUUCGAAUUUACGCCGAGUUGUUACCAAAGAGACGAGAUCAUGAAGCUGAUGAAGGUGCUGCAUUAACUAUAAAAUUCAAAAAUGGAAUCUCGGGAACUUUUAUCUGUUCCGAUAAUGUAACUUCCCCAUUCAAUUUCGAGAAUGCCACCGGUGAAAAUCCCAUGAUCCCACAUCAUUCAGAAAUCAAUGGGAUUUACCGAAUUUUUGGUUCAAAGGGAACACUUUCACUCCCAGAAAUGACAUUGUUCCACCAAUCCCACAUCAAGAAUUCCACCUGGUUGCAACCUUUAACUGAGGAGAAGAUUGAAUUCAACAGAGAAGAAUUGCCAUUUGAUUCACAAUUAAAUCAUUUUGUGGAUGUAAUUAGAGGCAAUGCUGAGCCUUAUUGUUGUAUAGAUGAUGGUAUUUCGGCAUUACUUUGUAUUGAUGCUGUCUUGAAGUCUAUAGAUACUGGUAUGCCAGUAAUGGUUGAAGAUGUCAAGAAUAUUAAACCUAACGACGAAGCUUUGGGUUUUUAAAAAAGUUUAUAUCAAAUGCAUAUUUAUAAGUUUGCUUAAUACACUUUGGUAACAUG